ACGGGCAGGCUGUGUAGUUGAUGGUGGAUCGCGGAGCGGCAGCUCGGUCAGUCCGUUGCUGCAGUCCGACAGAGCGGCCGGUGAUCAACGUCCUCACAGCGUCUGCGGACCUGUAACGCUAUGUUUGCUCUGAACUGAUGGUGAGCGGUUUACUCGGAGCAGGUGAUGACUGUGUAAUAUUCGUGGACAUGAGGACACACGCUACAGCUUCUUCUCCCCAAAGAGUCAACAUGGCCAUUUUCCUGCUGCCCAGUCACUCCUUUGCUGAGGGACCUCAACCCUUUUUACUUUCUGGAAUUGCCAAUGCAGGGAUGAGAUAAUAAAGUCAGCCAGCUGGUGCAUGCUGCUACAACAACACCUGUGGCACUUGUAAACCUACCCAACCCUGCCCUCUACCCCAGCUUAGUUCUCUCCAACAUUCAAACCAUGACAACACCGGCUCUCCUGCCACUGUCGGGACGCAGGAUACCCACUCUGUCACCGAGCGCCGCCUCCUUCACCCACCACAGGGCAACGUUGAGGCUCUCUGAGAAGUUCAUCCUCCUCCUCAUUCUUAGUGCCUUCAUCACCUUAUGCUUUGGGGCCUUCUUCUUCCUCCCGGACAAUUCCAAGCACAAGCGCUUUGACCUGGGUUUGGAGGAUGUGCUCAUCCCUCAUAUUGACUUGCCCAAAGAGGGGAAGCAUGCUUCAGGACAGGUGGUCAUACAUGGACAGGGAGGACAUGACGAGCACAGACACAGGGAAGAGGAGGAGAGCCUGCGGGACAAGAUUCGUGCAGACCAUGAGCGAGCGCUGCAGGAGGCAAAGGAGAAGCUAAGAAAGUCACGUGAGGAGCUGCAGGCUGAGAUUCAGACAGAGAAGAACAAAGUGAUGGAAGACCUGAAAAAGAUACAUGCAGGCCCUAAACCCUUGCCACCUGUGCCCAUGCCCAAAGUGGUGGGCAUUAGUGUUGGAGAACCAUCAGAACCUGACGUCAAAGAGAAACGUGACAAGAUCAGAGAGAUGAUGAAGCACGCGUGGGACAGCUACAGACAGUACGGCUGGGGCCACAACGAACUGAAGCCCCUCGCCAAGAAAGGACAUUCCACGAAUAUCUUUGGCAAUUCCCAACUGGGAGCGACCAUUGUGGAUGCCUUAGACACCCUCUACAUCAUGGGUCUCCAUGAGGAGUUCAAGGAUGGCCAAGAGUGGAUUGAGCAGAAUCUGGACUUCAGUGUGAAUGCUGAGGUGUCUGUGUUUGAGGUCAACAUUCGAUUCAUAGGAGGACUGCUUGCCGCCUACUACCUCUCUGGGCAGGAAGUUUUCAAGCUGAAGGCUGUCCAGCUUGCCGAGAAGCUGCUCCCUGCCUUUAAUACCCCCACCGGAAUCCCCUGGGCCAUGGUCAACCUUAAGAGCGGUGUUGGACGUAACUGGGGCUGGGCGUCAGCGGGCAGCAGCAUCCUGGCUGAGUUUGGGACUCUCCACAUGGAGUUUGUUCAUCUCACCUACCUGACAGGGAACCCCACCUACUACCAGAAGGUGAUGCACAUCCGGAAGCUUCUAGCCAAAAUGGACCGACCCAACGGGCUGUACCCAAAUUACCUGAACCCCCGCACAGGCCGCUGGGGCCAACAUCACACUUCAGUCGGAGGGCUAGGGGACAGCUUUUAUGAAUACCUGCUGAAGGCGUGGCUCAUGUCAGACAAGACAGAUACAGAAGCUCGCAAGACCUACGAUGAUGCCAUCGAGGCCAUCGAGCGCCACCUGAUACGCAAAUCCAACGGCGGUCUGACAUUUAUUGGUGAGUGGAAGAAUGGCCACCUGGAGCGGAAGAUGGGCCACCUGGCCUGCUUCGCCGGCGGCAUGUUUGCGUUGGGCGCUGACGGCUCGUCCGACGACAAGGCCGGACACUACCUGCAGCUGGGAGCCGAGAUCGCACACACCUGCCACGAGUCCUAUGACAGAACCGUGUUGAAGCUCGGCCCAGAGGCCUUUAAGUUUGACAGUGGCCUGGAGGCGGUGGCUGUACGGCAGAAUGAGAAGUACUAUAUCCUGCGGCCAGAGGUCAUCGAGACCUACUGGUACAUGUGGAGGUUCACCCACGAUCCUAAAUACAGACAGUGGGGCUGGGAGGCAGCACAGGCCAUCGAUAAGUACUGCAGGGUGAGCGGAGGCUUCUCGGGGGUGAAGGAUGUCUACUCCUCCAACCCGACCUACGACGAUGUGCAGCAGAGCUUCUUCCUGGCCGAGACACUCAAGUAUCUGUACCUGUUGUUCUCCAGUGACGACCUGAUGCCAUUGGAGAGCUGGGUCUUCAACACGGAGGCCCACCCACUUCCUGUCCUCCACUUGGGCAACAUCACCCUGCCUGGCAGUGAACUGGCUCAGCGGUAGACAGACAGGCUCUCUUCCCCCACCACAGCACCAGGGGGCACCAUCUGCCUGUCUGCUUGGCCAAAGACCCACCCACCAACACUGGACAAACGUACAUUCAGCUCCACAGACUCUCAGCUGCUUUGGACUGCAGACAUCAGCUGGAGGAGACGGACAGAGAGAGACUCUGGCCCAGAUCACUGCAGAGUGGAGAGGACUUCUGUCUCUUCUGUGUUUUAAUCUUUGACUCACUCUGUGUGUGGGUGUGCUGCUCAGCCUCACCUUUGGCUUGAAUGAACUCUUUUCUCUGAAGGACCAAGCUCUAAACUGGAGGCUUGAUUUAGUUUUUUGUUAUUAUUUUUUAGUGUUUUAUUUGACCAAACCUUUCUCCCAUACAGACUCGAGCUGAUGCACUGAGAGUGCACAUGUGAAGGAUCACACUGCAGUCAGUUUGACACUGUGCUGACUCGGGUGUCAUUUUUCCAGGCAGACAGACUUGAGGAUGUUACAGGGUCUGUUCAGAAGGUGUGCUUUUUGUUUAGUUAAAUCCUAAAUGGGGACACACGGUUGGAUCAGAGCCCCCCAUUUCUCCCUGACCCAACUUUUCCACAGCCCACUUCCUAUUUAAGAGAUGAACUUUGACCUGGAACUCUUCUUAUCAUCAGUGUGAGGUUGUGGCCCAGUCCCCACCUCCUCCAACCUUCCUUUUUUCAGAACAGUGAGCCAUUAGAAGUGGAACAGUAAUUACAUGGGGACGACAGCAGGCCUCCCCCUCUUCACCCCUCCCCACUAUUUUCCAGUUAUAGACCUUCUGUUGCUACUCGAUCGGAUGCUGCUUUCUCUCUCUCUCUCUCUCUGCUCAAGGUUUUUCUGAUCACACUGUAACAUAGUUUCUUCCCAGCAUAUCAGCCCUUCUCUCAUGUCUCCUCUCCUCUGUUUUGUCUCUUAUCUCUUAAGUUUUCACAAGUCACUCCACAUCAUGUUCAGGUCAUACAUUGUGGGAUGAGGCUAGAUCCCAACCAUACUUAUGUAUGAGUGUGUGUGUGGUGGAUAGAAUGUCCCCUGCUGCAAGUCAUUUGUUUGUGCACUUUAUAUGGGAAGACUGAAGAGGAGGGAAGUCGAGGUGUAGCACCGUCUCCCUGCUGAGCUCCUAUGCCACAUUUUCACCAGUUGGACAACUCCACCUGAUUUAAAGCCUCAUUAACUCAUUGUGGUUUUAGAAAUCUCCAUCACUUUUCUCCACCACCUUUUUCCUGAAUCCCUUUCUUAUUUGCUGCCUUCUCCUCUCUCUUCCAGUUACCUCUGUCUCUCCUGUCCAUCAUAAAUCAUCUAAAAACUUGGAGGCCUUUAAUCUCAGGGUUCCCAUACACCUCUGAAAAGUCUGGCAACUUAUGAAACAUACAUUUUAUGAUAUCCAAGUGUUGAAUAGUCUCUUAAAAACUGCAAAACUAUUUUGGAUGAAAAUGUGGACAUUCUGUCCACGCAUCCACCAGUUAAAUUAUGUAUGUAGCUUUGAAUCUGUCCCCUCAGUCUUUAUUGUUUAGUGAACAAUCAGAACCAGCUACUGUACAGAUUGAUUUGACCUUGGCCAUCAUAUCAUCCAUCUGCUAAAUGCUAACAAUAUACUGUAUCAUCAAACGUCAAAUUUGUCAAAUCUCUGAAGACACUGAGUUCUGGGAAAACAGUCCAUCUGUGUUCCAUUUAAAUGCAAGCUGGUGUGUUUGUAACUUCAUCUGGUCUGCCUGAACAUCGAGGGGACAAAAAGAAACUUCCUCGCUGUGUGGUGCGGUGAUACAUCGAGGUUUUGGCCUUGUUGAGCGCAGUCAGCGGCUCCACGCACCACGCUGUCUGCUCCACGCCAGUGCACAGCUCUGCUCCUGACACAUCUCUGUUACAUCCACAGCGGCAUGAGAGAGUUACUGCUCAAGCUACUCAGAUAACAGAAGAGUCUGUGAAAUAUUUUCUUAGCACACAUCCAAAACAGUCUCUGAAAGCGUUCUCCCUGCUGAAUGAAUGCAGGCCUUUUUAAAGGGUCUCAACGUAUCAUUUUAAUGUGACUUUCAUUAACAAACACAGGAUUAUCUAAACAUUAAGUUGUUUUAAUGGCUCAAAUUUGGCAUCUCGGGCUCACCAGAGCAGUGGCCAUGGUGAUUCCAAACACAACACAACACAUUCAGUUGAACAAAUCAGGCAAAAACUUGUGCACAUUCAUUAAACAUCAUUUGAAUUCUUAAAGCAUGGAAAUAAAAGUGAUUGACAGAUGAUAAUUAGUGAUUAUUAGAUGCAUACCCACCAUUUUUAGAUGCUUCAUGAACAUAAAAGUCACACAGUCUCAAAAAAUACAAUUUUUAUUUAUCAUCUACAUUAAAAUGACAAGUGCAGCUGUAACCUUUUGUGAGUCGUGUUAGGUUUGGAGCUGAACCUAAAACUGUUUACCAAAAGGGAGGUGAAAGAGCAUGUGGGAUUUUAUUGCAGGCAAAUAAAACACUAACAAAACAAGGGAAGGAUGCUGUGAUAGUUCUGUUGAGGGCAAGUCAUCAACUAUUACAAACAUGCAUUUUUGGAGUUACAUUCUCAUUGUAAAAUCAGUUAUAUUACAUCUUGUUGCUGUGACAGUGUCCCAAACAGCAUCCUCCAUUAUGCUUCCACGUUUACUACCUGCCUAAUCCACUGCCCAUAUUGUAUUCAACCAUGACUUUAAAUCGUUUAGAAAAAUAACCUAAUAAAAAUACCAACAUUAGGCUUAAUGAUGGGCUUAACAAACCUGUGCAAUGAACUGGGAGGGAGGUGGUGAGAGAGAGACCCAUAUUUUCUUAGUGGCUGUGGGCUCAUGAAGACUGUAAGCUUGUUGGCUGCCAGUGUGUGUGACAUGAAUCUUUGGUGUGUCCGAACGUCUGGGCUUCCUGUCUUUGAUACAGGAAGCCCAGAGUUUAUUCAUUUGUUUCUGACUUUGAUUCUUUUCAAGCUUCAUUGUCAAAUGUGGCGCCUUGGCCAAUGCCAUGCUCAAACAUCGCCUGACGUGCAUAUAGAGUCCGAGUUGUGAUGGAGUAGAAGUAGACAUCAGAUUUGACACCAGGCUACAAGGCUGAUACAGUAUAUACAGUGACUGUUUGGGGCAUCGCAGUGACAGAAACGGGCUUCAGGAUUGUAUUUACUGCCCAGCUACAUAACUCAGAGGUUCUUCAAAAAUGUGUCGAUGUGGAGACCUGAUUCCAGCUUUCUUUAUUCCCCCCUGACAUCGUCUCAUCUAAAUAUAUCAGCUAGAAAUAUAAGUUUAUAUUUAUCUGAUAUAAAUAUAUCAGAUAUCAAUAUAUCAUCACAAAAAACUGCCUCUUUAUCUGUGGGUCAGCUGUAUGUCUGUUAGUAAAGCUGUGUUGUGUGAUACAGUCAAACAGCUCUUGCUGCUUUCACAGCACAUGAAGAGAUCAUAGCUGUGGGAGAUGAUCAACUGACAGCAGGGAACGAAAAUGAUAAUCAGGAUGUGAGAUCACAAGCUGAAUGGCACCGUUGCUCUUUUCCUUUCCCCUCUUAAUACUGCUCAUAGCCCUGACAUCACUCGGAAGGUGCCACACAGGAGAUCCCAAACGAAUAUAAAACAUCAUCAAGACAUACAGUUAAACAUCUUUAGAAAAUAUUUUCAGCAACUGUCAAACAAUUAAGGCCUGCAUCAUAUGUAGCAGUUAUAGGACAUUUCUCAUUUUCUCAUCCGUUUUUCAGUAUCAUCACAGUGCUGUUUUAUUAUCUUGUUAGUUAUUAGGAUAUCUAUGACUUUGACCAAACCUCUGACCAUGGGACCAGUCAGGGUUCAGCUGAGUUCUUGUUUAGUCUGUCAGCUUUAUAUAUAAUUUAAUGAUGUGACACUGCAGGCUUUCCAUGUACAGUUGAGGUGAAAGUCUCCACACACCUCUACACCGUUGAUCACAAAACAAGUCCCACAGUCUGCCCAGUCCCCCAUUUUUUAUUCCUUUCAUCAUUAAACCAGUAUCAUCUCCACUUCCCUCCUUCAUCUGAACUUAGAUGCAGUACAGUUCUGACUCUCAGCCUCUGUUCCCUGGUCUCUGACUUCACCACGUGUAUCUGAUAAGGAGGAAGCUUGAGGCGAAACCUGGGCAGCCACUGAGUCGCUGGGAGCGAUGCUGGUUUUGAAAAUUGAGUGCUCUGUAUUUGUAUUUUUACUGAACUAAAAAAAUAAAAUGACAUUAUCUGUAAAUAUGUUUAAAACGGAGUCACAGAUUCAAUAAAGAUGUUAUG